AUGGGCAGGAUCAGGAAGAAGAACAGGACGCAUCUCAAGGGCCCACAGAAGGGCGAGGCAGAGGAGAACGUCCCCAAGAGCUUCGUCAUCAAGUCGGGCCAUGUCACCAAGGCCAUCUCGCAGCUUGUCAGGGAUACCAGAAAGAUCUUUGAGCCCAAUACGGCCUCCCGUCUCAGAGAACGUCCUAAUGCUCGUCUACGAGACUACCUCACCAUCGCCCCCUCCCUCAAAGUCACCCAUCUUCUCGCCUUCACCCUCACCGACGCCGCCAACGUCCACCUCCGAGUGGCUCGUUUCCCGCAAGGACCAACUUUGACAUUCCGAGUGCAGAGAUAUAGUUUGACGAAGGAUCUUGUGGGAGCGGGGAUGCGGGGUAUCGGCAAGGCGCCAGGAGGAGAGUACAGAAAUCCACCUCUGCUUGUGCUCAACGGUUUCCAACAACCCCAAAACGGUGCCGCCCUCCCUCAACUCCGUCUCAUGAGCACCAUGUUCCAGGGUCUCUUCCCUCCCAUCCAAGUGGAAAAGUCUGCUCUCCCCACUUUCCGCCGUGUCCUCUUGAUCUCCUACUCCCACGUCACAGGCCUCAUCUCCUUCCGCCACUUUACCAUCACUGUCCGUCCCCACGGCGUCUCUCGACGCGUGCGCAAACUCCUCACCACCGCCGGCGCCCCCUCCCAAUCCGCAUCGUCCUCUGCCAGAUCCCGUAAAGGCGUCGAUUUGUCCAACACGGACGAUAUCGCCGAUUACCUCUUGCGCCGAGUCGGAUCUGAAGGAGGCGGGACACCGGGGUACGAUUCGGCCUCUGAGACAGAAGCGUCUGAAGGAGAGAGCGAUACGAAUGCUGUCGAGCUUCCGGAGGACUACGUAGGCAGAGGCAACAAGAAGGGCGAGCGUAAAGCUGUCAGGCUUGUGGAGACUGGGCCGAGGCAAGAGUGGAAGCUCAUCAAGGUUGUCGAAGGUCUUGUCGGCUCCAAGAGGGGUGAGGGAGAGACAGUCUUCCAUGAGUUUGUGCACAAGAGCAGCCAGGAGGCCGAGGCCAUGCAGAGACAGCAUGAGGAGAGGAGGGAUUUGAAGGAUGAGAGGAGGAGGCAGCAGGCAGAGAAUGUGGCGAGGAAGAAGAAGGAGAAGGACAGGAAGAAGGGCAAGAAUGUGGAAGAGUCGGAAGAAGAAGGAGACUCGAGUGAUGACGAUCUCGAUGUCGAGGGCUUGUCGGAUGUGGACCCCGAGGAAGAGCUCGAGAAACUGAGACAACGUAAAGUUGGCUUCCAGGGCGACGACGAUGAUGAGGACUUUGAGUAUGAGGAUAGAGGGGCUGCGGCCGAUGUGGAAGAUCUGGGAGAAGAUGAUGGAGAUGAUUGGGGAUCCGAUGCCGGAGCUGGUGAGGGAGAGUUGACUUCUGACGAGGAGAGCAGCGAGUCAGAAGAGGAGGAGGUCAAGCCCGCCAAGAAGAAGAAGGUGGCUGGCAAGAGGAAGUGA